UAAAAAGACAGAAAUAACACCACUUUCCAUUCCCUCAUCUCAAACUAUGUCUUCAUCUUCAUCUUCUCCUCUUAGCGGAGUUGUUGAUAACAAUAACUCUUCAAACCCGUCCGAGAUGAGUCUAAAAGCACCUAUGGUGAGACCUUAUAGUCGAUCGAAAAUGCCCCGACUUCGUUGGACACCAUAUCUUCAUCGUUGCUUUCUGCAUGCAGUUCACAAGCUUGAAAAAGAAGAAAGAGGGACUACACCAAAGUUAAUUUUACAACUAAUGAAUGUUAAGGGACUUACUAUAUCUCAUGUGAAAAGCCACCUUCAGAUGUAUAGGAGCAUGAGACAUGAGGAAAUGAGUCAAGAAGCAAAGAAGAAUGUUAUGGCAGCAAAUUUAUUAGCUUCCAGAAUGAUCUCAUCCUCAUCUCUUGUUCCAAGAUUCCUCCAAACUCUUGAGAACGGUUAUGAACAAGAGUCUUACAAUGGAAAUCAAGGUAAUAAAUCAGUUGUAAUUUGUAACAGCGAUGAACAGAAGAAGCACACUUACAUCAUCUUCGACGGUAUUCUCAGCACUGUCCAUGCAAACAAAAGGGACCAACGAGGAUUCAAAGAAAUAACCGCUAGAGGAAAGGAAGUGAGUGAAAGAGAGACAGAUGAUUUGUGUCUUGAGCUCACUCUCACUUGAAAUCAAGCUUCAUGCAUCUCUUUCUAUGUUUAUAUAUUGAUCAUAUAGAACUUUAAUGUAAAAGGUGCAUAACUUGGGAAUAGUUUAUAGAUACAACUUAGAAACAUGACCAUAUAUGUACUAUUUUUUGCUUGCAAUCUGGGGUUUUGUUGA